GUUAAACAUGAUACAAAUGAUUACGUUAUACGUAAUUACUUUUACUUGUGAUAUUAAUUAUUCGGCAGUUCAGUGACAGUGGAUUUGGAUUACAGAUUUGGAUGUCAGUCACUGUCGUUCACGUCGAUUAGAAAAAAUCCAUUUUAAAUAACGAAAUGACCUUUCUACAUUGACAGAAGUUACAGGAAAGUAAUUUAACUCUUUAACAUACUGCACGCAAUUUUUGUUGACGUCCUCCGGCAUAUCCACUAGUAAAUAUUGUAUUUAAAUCUCCAUAAUGCCGAAUAAUCAAGAAUUAGAAGACACUGACGUAGAACCAUUGGUGAAACCAGGCAUCUACCAUUUUCGAAAUAAAUCCAAUCAUCAUCAUCACAAACCCUAUAAAUACAAGAGCAUCUUCAAACGAGCCGUCUUCAAAAAUGGCGAAUUCAACAUCGAAAAGUUCAAUUCUAACAAGAAACAUCGAUUCUUUACCACCUGGUUCGUCACUAUGGUCAGAGCAAGAUGGCGAUGGACUCUCUUAAACUUCGUCACGGCCUUCAUUAGUAUCUGGUUAUUCUUUGGAUGCCUCUACUGGCUCAUUGCUAUGGGCCAUGGCGAUUUUAAUAACAACGAAACCAUUAAUGGAACAGAAUGGACUCCCUGCAUAAGAGAAAUUUACAAUUUUACAUCUGCUUUUCUCUUCAGUAUCGAAGUUCACACAACUGUCGCUUAUGGACAUAGAAAGAUUACUUUAGAAUGCCCUGAUGCUAUUUUUACAAUGUGCAUGCAAUGUAUUGUUAGCAUGAUUUUCCAAGCGUUUAUGAUUGGAAUACUGUUUGCUAAACUAACUAGACCUAAAAAUAGAACACAGACAAUUCUAUUUAGCAAAAAUGCAGUGAUUUAUGCUAAAGAUGGAAAAAUGUGUAUAGUCUUCAGAGUAGGUGAUAUGAGAAAGUCAAGAAUACUCAAUAUCAAAGCUUUGAUGUAUAUAAUAAGAAUGGAUCGUAAUGAUAGUUUUGAUGAAUUUGAGCAAAUCGCUCUAAACGUGGAACUAGAUGGAUGCGAAUCAACUUUCUUCCUAUGGCCUAUUUCAGUUAUUCACGUUAUAGAUGAAACUAGUCCUUUUUACAAUAUCUCUGCACCAGACUUACUUAGUGGUAGAUUAGAAAUUUUAGUAGUUUUCGAAGGUAUAAUUGAAUCAACAGGUCAACCAUUGCAAGCAAAGUCAAGUUAUACUUCAAAUGAGAUUUUGUGGGGUCAUAGAUUUGUGCCAAUGAUUGAUUUCAAUUAUGAAAAGAAAAGGUAUAAUGUAGAUUUUUCUAAAUUAGGUGUGACUGAAGAAAUAGAUACUCCUUUGUGUUCAGUGCAUGAAUAUGAAAGUAUAUUGAGAGAGAAUAGUAAAGAGAUUUCUCUGAUGACAGAUGAUGUGAUAAGGAACCAGAAUUCGAUGAGUGUAGAUAUAAGACAAAAUCCGUUUCCCAGUGUAAUGGACAAACGUCAUUAAGAAAAACGUUUAUUGCAGAAACCAUCAUACAGCACCACAUACAUUUGAAAGAAGAAAAAAGAGAUAUUAUGAACUUGAUACUUAAAACUAUGUUGCUUAUUAUUAGCGUGCAACAAAAUGUGCGGAUUCUGCAUAUAGAGGCCACAAAAGGACUCCACUCAGCAUAUGCUCCAGCAUAUAAUGCCACAGCGCUGGUCUUGUUAUUAAGUCCAUCACAGAAAAUACAGUUAACGAGUAAUCGUUAGAGUGGGAGUAAACCAUGUUUAUGGAUAACAAAAGUUGCCGAGUCUCAAAGAUCGACUGGAAUAUGACCUCGUUCACUCUGUCACUAUUAACAAAAAAUUGUACUUAAAUUGCAGCUUUGAUAGAGGAAGAUCAACCCAUAGAAGCGAAGGAUGAAACCACAGAGUCAAUUUUUAUGAUAAAAGCCUUUUUUAUGGGAUAGGAGGCAAACGAGCAGACAGGUCGCCUGAUGGUAAGCGAUCACUGCCGCCCAUGGACACCUGAAACUCCAGAAGUGUUAGAGAUGCUUUUAUGGCCUUUAAGAUGGGUGUGCUCUUAAAAGCCUGACAUAGAAUUUUUCUUAGACACUACAAACUGUAUAAUGAAAAUUAAGAACUGAUAAUUUACGUAUUUAGGUAGUUAAGUAUUAGUGUUUUGCUCGUAACCUUGGUGGAAAAUUUGUUUUGUAUAAAAAAAUGUGGCCAAUUUUGCAAAAUGGUAUAAUUUAGGGUGUUACUUUCCGUUUACACCAGUUAAGCAGGUUUAUUAAGUUAAAAAACCAUCAUUGGCAUCUCAAAAUGGUUGCUAAACAAAAUUACCGCCAAUCCAAGAUGGCGGAAUGAAUUCAUCUCUGUUAAAAUGAUCUUUAAGAUGAAUUUCUCUUUUUGAUUGUCUCGCAAAAAUUUAGCUUUUAAUUUUUUUUUAAAUUAUUAAUGGGCUUACUCUUGGCCACAGACUAGCCAAAGGCAAAGACGUGGCCUACAAUGGAUUAAGCUGACCCAGAAGAUGCCUGUUCACCCUUGAUUUCGAGGUUGCCGCGGGUUAUAUGAGCUCGGAAAUAUAGUCGCCGGCAAGGAAUUCCACUGCAGUGCGCAUAAGAAAAGAUGAAGCAGAACGCUUCAUGCGAAUUCGCGAAAUAUCUACUUACCAAGUAAGGAUGGAAACCGGCCGUGCGUUUAAGGGCCAGUUGCAUCAACCGCAUUUGACAGACACAUCAUCGUCACGCAGCAGACGUCUAUGGAACUUCCCAUACAAUAAAAUUUAACGAGUGCUUUAACGGUACCAGACGGUUUGAAGCAAUUGGCCCUAAGAGUCUGUUGGUAGAAUGGGGCCGGUGGAAUAAGCUCAUGUAGCUCUUGAGCACACUCACCGAAGUGUAACCUGUAAACUUUAUCCAUUUGAUUGACAUCGUGUGAGAGAGUCCGAUGGUAGAAUGGGGCCGGUGGAAUAAGCUCAUGUAGCUCUUGAGCAUACUCCCCGAAGUGUAAGCUGUAAACUUUAUCCAUUUGAUUGACAUCAUGUGAGAGAGUCCGAUGGUAGAAUGGGGACGAUGGAAUAAGCUCAUGUAGCUCUUGAGCACACUCACCGAAGUGUAACCUGUAAAACUUUAUCCAUUUGAUUGACAUCGUGUGACAGACGGAUUCCGAUGGUAGAAUGGUGACGGUGGAAUAAGCUUGUAGCUCUUGAGCACACUCACCGAAGUUAAAACUUUAUCCAUUUGAUUGACAUCGUGUGACGGACGGAUUCCGAUGGUAGAAUAGGGACGGUGGAAUAAGCUUGUAGCUCUUGAACACACUCCCCGAAGUGUAACCUGUAAACUUUCAAUUUGAUUGACAUCGUGUGACUUGUUAAUUAAAUACCCUACAGAUACUGGUUAUCCAGUACAAUUUCCCCAAAACAAAGUUACGGUCAAGAAGGCGGGAUGAUAGAUAAUUAAUUAUUAGACUCGUUUGUUCAAAACGGUACAUGUUCAAAGGGAAAUAUAGUCACUUACGACCUUUUAGAGAUAUUGAGUAAGUUCCAGUUAGUUCCGAAUUUAAUUAAAUUGUUAGAUCGAGUUGUGAAUGAAAACAUUCAGAGGCUCUACCAUGAGUAUAUAGAUUUAGAAUACGUUCCUCGAUAUCGUGACGUUUGUCGCUUAACUUCAAAACUGGGUAAAUCCGUACUGCUAGGAUUUGCGUACUGUAGGUUGAUUAUCUUUCAGAUCAUAUUAUUUUUUUAUACAUUCAACCUUAAAGCAGAAUGGAUUUACCCACAAGCCUUCUUGAGCUUACCGUGGGACUCAGUCGAUCUGUGUAAGAAUGCCCUAUAA